AUGGCGACCAAAGGAAACAGUCUGCGCGAUCGCCAGAUUGCUUCUUUGAAAAAGAUUCUCAACCUCAACGAGACGGUCGACUCGAGCGAAGGUGAAGAGGUCCAUGCCAAUGGCCUCCUGGCACCAGUAGCACCUAUUCUAGACGCCGAUGGCAAUCCGAUCUGGAAAGUCCUUGUCUUCGAUGACCUGGGAAGAGAUGUUAUCAGCAGUGUAAUGCGUGUGAGCGACCUGCGAUCAAUGGGCGUCACCAUGCACAUGCACAUUGGAACAGUCCGACACCAAAUUCCCGACGUACCAGUCAUUUACCUGCUCGAGCCUUCACCACAAAAUAUGCAGGCCAUUACCAACGAUCUACAAAAGGGCCUUUAUUCACCUGCCUACAUCAACUUGCUUUCGUCCAUGCCUCGCGUCGUUCUUGAGGAUUUCGCCAUGCAGACUGCCACAGCCGGAACCUCGGAGAACAUUGCGCAGUUGUUUGACCAGUAUCUGAACUUUAUUGUGGCUGAGCCAGAUCUGUUCAGCUUGGGCAUGCAAAAGGAACACACUUACUGGGCUCUGAAUAGCGCCAAGACGAGCGACGAACAAUUAGAAGCUGUCGUCGACAGAAUAGUCAGCGGUCUCUUUAGCGUCAUUGUCACCAUGGGUGUCAUUCCCAUCAUCCGCUGUCCAAAGGGCGCCGCUGCCGAAAUGGUAGCACAGAGGCUUGACCGAAAGCUUCGCGACCAUAUCCUCAACUCCAAAGAUAACCUGUUUUCGAAUUCGCGAUCAGCAGCAGCCAGUACGCCACAGUCAAGACCGGUUCUCAUCCUACUCGAUCGCAACGUCGACUUGAUACCGAUGCUCUCUCACUCUUGGACAUACCAGUCACUGGUCCACGACGUUCUGAACAUGAAGCUCAACCGCAUUACCAUCGAAACUCCGGUUGACGAAAGUAACCCCAGCAGAGGUACUUCAAAGAAAGCUUAUGACCUGAACGCUAGCGACUUCUUCUGGGCCAAAAAUGCGCUCGUACCUUUCCCUCAAGUUGCCGAGGACAUUGACGCCGAGCUCACAAAAUACAAAGAGGAGACGGCAGCCAUAACGAAAAAGACUGGUGUUUCAAGUUUGGAAGACUUGCAGAACGAUACUAGCGCCAGCGCUCAACAUCUCAAGGCAGCAAUAACACUUCUUCCUGAGAUGAGAGAACGAAAGGGUGUGCUUGACAUGCACAUGAACAUAUUGGCGGCGCUAUUGUCCGGAAUCAAGGACCGUCAGUUGGACAAUUUCUUCCAGGUGGAAGAAAAUGUGAUGAAGCAGACCAAGGCUCAGAUCAUGGAAAUCAUCAAGGAUCAGAACAAGGGCAAUGAUUCCACAGAUAAACUACGACUGUUUGUCAUAUGGUUUCUGAGCACAGAGCAAGAGGUAGCUCGGGCCGACUUUGAGUCGUUUGAGAAGGCGCUUGCUGAGGCUGGAGCUGAUGUUUCGUCCUUGUCCUAUGUUCGACAGGUUCGUGCCACGACGAAAAUGACACAGCUUACGACAAUCAACAACAACUCGAAUCAAACUGCGUCUUCCGACCUGUUUGGUAGAUUUUCGUCUAUUUCCUCGCGCCUGACCGACCGUUUGAAAGAAACUGGCGUGCCGACUGGCCUGUCAUCUAAUUUCGAGUCUCUGAUUAGCGGCGUCAAGAACUUCCUUCCCGCCGACCGAGAUCUUACCAUUACCAAGAUUGUAGAGUCUAUUAUGGAGCCUGCUACGGCUUCCUCUUCGGCCAUUGCCAAGACAGAGCAUUACUUGUACUUUGAUCCGCGAUCCGCAAACGCUCGCGGUACACUGCCGCCCCCCAGCACCAUGCGUACCGGCGGAAACGCGCCUGGCGGCAUGCCUGGCCAAGCUGGCCCUGGACAGGCCGCAAGCUUUGGCCAAAGAAGGCAGGGCUUCAGCGAGGCUGUCGUGUUCACGGUCGGUGGUGGCAGCAUGGAAGAGUAUGGCAACCUGCAAGAAUGGGUCACACGAGCUGGCGGCGAAAAGACGAAGAAGAGGGUUGUAUACGGCAGUACAGAGCUGCUGAAUGCCCGGGCAUUUAUUUCGGAGGAGCUAGAGCGUCUCGGGAAGGAGCUUUCGUCAUAA